AACCCUCAGGGAGCCUCGUCUCGCGGUCUGCACAUUACUUACCAGUACAUAGACCAAGCCACGUUCACCAAUGAAGGGACUGAGAAGUUAUAUCAAAAGAUUCAGCGAGUAGACGAACGUUUAACACGACUCAUCGCCCUUUUCAUUCUACAGAGGAAAGCAGGUACGUCAUCGGUCCGUCGCGGUGACGACUAUAAGAAGCAAGACGAAAGUUCAGAGCGAGUGAACAAUAGAUUAACGAAAGCGGUUGGCGUGUCGCAAAACAUCGCUGGAUCCUCGUCGAGCAUGAAAAAUGACGAUGUUAUAAGAAACUCAUCCCAGACUCUUUGCAAAACAAGGCUAGGAUGCCAUGGAUUCCGAACAAAG